AUGAGUGGGAUGAUCAGGGUAGCCGAAAGAAUUGAAGAUGGCAAGAAAUGCGCAUUAAAGGUACUUCCCGAUACGGAAGCUUCACGACGUGAAAUAGAUUUACAAAUCAAGUGUUCUCAGCAUCGUAAUAUUGUUCGCAUAAUUGAUGUUUACCUCAGUCAAAGUUUUCUACCGAAACGUCUGUUUGUUGUGCUUGAAUACAUGGAAGGUGGUGCGUUGUUCAAACGAAUCAUCAACGAGAGUAUAACCGAGCGAGAAGCAGCACGGAUUAUGCAUGAAAUUGGUUCAGCAGUGGCAUAUCUGCAUUCACUGGAAAUAGCGCAUCGAGAUAUCAAACCUGAAAAUAUUUUAUGCACAAACGAUGGCACAGUGAAAUUGGCGGAUUUUGGUUUCGCGAAGCAAUGUUCGAGUGAAAACAGAAAAACUCUGAAGACCCCGUGCUUCACACCUUAUUAUGUUCCACCUGAAAUAUUACGUCGUGUUCCUUACGACAAAUCUUGUGACAUGUGGUCGUUGGGUGUCGUUAUGUACAUGUUGUUAUGCGGCUUGGCACCGUUCUACCCUCACAGUGAUAGUAAUUUCUCUAAUGGUAUGCAAAAGCGGAUCAAGAAAGGUGUUUAUAAAUUUCCAUCCCCCGAAUGGGAUCAAAUUUCAGAACAAGGUGAUAAAUUGUUUGGUUCUUAUAGCUUUGUGCUCAAGACCAAUUCAAAAGAGUACGAAAAUUGGUUUUUUGCUGCCAAAUGA